AUGAAAAAAGGAUAUAAGGUGACCGAUGUAAAAAGACAAAAAAAAAUUGGUAUCGCUGCUGAAAAUUUACAAGAAUUAAUUGAGAAAUCAUGCAGAAAGUUGGGGUUCAAUGCCAGUUGCGCAGAAUGCCGAUUAUAUGUAGCAGAAGACGGAACACUUGUAGAUGACGACAACUACUUGAAAACUUUACCACCACAGACACUUUUUAUCCUGUUGCAGAAAAAAGAGACAAUGGUAAAUGACUUUGAUUUCUUCUACAAUAUGAUUAGAUCUUCUAAGAAAGAUUUUAUUGAAACUGGCCUUGCAGCUAAAGAGUUUCUUGAUACCAAUUUGCGAGAGAAGUUUUUGGUGCUGCAAAGAUAUAUUGAAGCUGCUGAUGAUAAUAAAACCAUGUUAAGUGAGAGAACUCAGGAUCCACAUUGGUUUGAAGGUCUUGAACCAUCAGAGAAAACUAAGGAGCAAUCUAUGUCUAAAAGGGUUAAAGAAAGAAUGAGGGGAUACUACUACAAGACAAAAACUGCAUUACAAUCUUCAGAAUUAUAUGUUCAUUCAAAAAAUGGUCAUGGUAAGGGUCUUGUUGAUAAUUUUCUUAUAGAAUUACGGAAAUUAUUGGAAAGUAAUAAAUAUAAUGAAGGCUAUUUCAAUAGAAAUUAUGAAAAUAAUUUAAGAUUAUGUAACAAGACUGGCCUCUUUCUAUGUGGUGGACUGUGGAAUGAUAGCAAGUGCAAAUAUGAAAAUGAACAUAUCAUCAACCCUUAUAGAAGUCGUGAAGAACGCAUAAUUUUUCAGACAUGGAAUUUGGAUCACAGAAUUGAGCUAUCUAGAACUAUAAUACCAGCAAUUAUUCAAGCACUGAAUAACAUUUAUUAUGGCAAUAUUAAUUGCAUAGGCUGUAAACAAAAUAUUAAGUGUGGUGACAUAGAUACAGAGCGGUAUUAUCUGCAGAUAUUUACACAUGAAAAUUUAAAACUAGUGCAUAUUGUAUGCCACUAUAAAGGUAAACAUGAUGCUCCAUCAAAUAUAUACACAGUGUGCCAGGAGUGUCUUGACCAGAAAAGUAUUAAAAACUAA